AUGCGUGAUUUCCAAGCCGCAUUGCAGGACCUGCCGGAUGAGAUAUUAUUGCAGGCCUUCUCGUAUGUCGAUCUGCACCGCAAUGCCCGCAUCAUGGGCUACAUGCCGGAUGAUCCACCACCCACAUCGCCUGACCAGUACCUACUUGAGGAUUUCCGGGUCAACAGUCGCUGGCUAUGCAACAUUGCUUUGACAUGUCGCAGAUUCGCUGCGUUGGUUCCAGAAAUACAGUUACAUGCAAUGGUUCUGGAUGCCGAUGUUCCGUUAGCAGCUUCUGGUCCCUCCGGUUCUGAUGUCUUCACUGCAAUCCUUCGACUCCUUGCGAAGCCCCAGCUCAGCCGUCAUGUCAAACAACUGCGCGUUCAUUUUGAAUCUAUGGAGGGUAUUCCGUCACAGAAAGUUCUUGAAGAAGUACUCAAGAUAUUAAAUUCUCUCCGUCUCCCCUCCGCUUCGACUGACCACAUCCACGACACGUUACGUUACUCUGGGUGUGGCCGUGGUUUGUUCAAGAUAUUGCUGGCACUCUUACCAGAACUACAACGACUUUGCAUUGUCGAUCCAUGGUCCGACAUGAGUUUCGAAUGGGCAGAAUCUCUGCCCAUUAUCCAUUCACUCCAAUAUUUCAAAAUUGAAUGUCCGGAACCUCCUACCAUGGAGGGUUUUGGCGUCUUCCAACAGCUGCGAACAUUCGACCUGAGCAUCAGGCUACAGGGCCAGUCACAUUCUGCAGUACGAGCAUCUUCAGAGAUGUUCAUUCAUCACUCAAUGGCCAACAAAACAUGCAACAUAAAGCAUCUACGUCUUGACUUCCAAAUCAGGACAGUCGGUAUCUGGAACCACACUUGGAGAAUCUGUAUGUUGGACGUUCUAGCAGGCUUCAAAAAUUUGGAAGCUCUUUCCCUUUAUGCAGAGUCAUCGGCAGGCAAAAAUCCUUAUCGCAGCGUCCGAGCUUUCCCAGCCUACCAAGCAAACAUACAGGCUUAUCCUGAGGCGCGGCCGUCUUAUGGAGCUAUAUACGACGCCCGAACAGAAGUCACCGAUUACCAGUGUCUCGUCGACCAUCUCGUGCAUCUACGCCCUACACUCAAAUCUUUGCAACUUCCAGGUGGAUUCUGGACACUGCCUGGCGCCCUACGCAAGCCUAUACCGCGUUUUAAAUUAUUCAACAAACUGGAAAAACUCAUUCUGCCCCAAUCGGCUAUCGUCUCUAUCAAAUUGGAUAACAUGCGUGUGGAUAUUGCGUUCCACGGCGACUUUGAGCUCUCUGCUUUGGAAGCCUUGCCUCUGUCGCUGAAACACCUCAAGAUUUUCGAUGUUGAUGAGACAUUCCUGACCAGUAGCUGGCUCGAGGGACUUUUCAAAGAACAGAAGAGCCAUAAUCACUGGUCUGACUUUCAUACCCUGGAAAUCUUAAUGGGCCCGAUGUGUUCUAAUGAGGCAUUGGAGGAGCUUCUGGCGAGGCGAAAAGGCGAAGAAUUCUGGGCGAUGGCAGAUGCAGCUGCGUUUGAAGUGGUUGUUGGUAGGGAUGAGGAGGAUCCUGAGAAUUCCGAAAUUUAG